GGGCGCGGGCUGCCCUCGCACGGCGCCCGCCGCCGCCCCGCGCCCCGCUGACAGCCCUGACAGCCGCGCCGCCAUUUAACCCUCCCCCCGCCGCCGAACGGGACUGAGCGCUCGCCCAUCCCCAGGAGCAGCCCCGCUGGCGUUUCCUCCGCGGGGAGGAUCGCGCUUCGGCGCCCGUCCCGCAGAGCCUCGGGCAGCGGCGUGGAAGGUGUUCUUGGGGAAAAAAGUGCCUGCACUUUGAAGCUGAAGAAGGACAUGAGGAGUAAAAGGACCUGGGAUCUCACUGGUCAGAAUGAAACAGAUGUUGAAAGAUUUUUCAAAUCUAUUGUUAGUAGUACUCUGUGACUAUGUUCUUGGCGAAGCAGAGUAUCUCCUGUUGGGGCGCCCGGGUCAUGUAGCCUUCAGCAGUGACACAGUGUCUGUGGAAUAUCAGUACUAUAGUGGUGGUAAUGUGACAGCAGACCAUCUGUCCAUCCUGUUGCUGGAUGCCAGCACCAACGAGAUAAUUGCAAGAAAACAGCUUCCAGCAAAUCAGUCCCAGGGGAGGACAGAGUUUGAGUGUUUCCAUUUCAAGAGUGCUGGGGACUUCUCGUUCACAAUGGUGUCUCCCAACGAUAACAGCAGUGCUACUGAGUGGAGCAGAAGCAGCAUGGCCACCCUCCAUGUGGAAUGGCCUGUAUUUCACAUUGAUUUGAACAAGAGUUCAGAGGUGCUUGGGAGCUCUCUUCAGGUCGGACUUUUUACAAACGAGCAGUUGUGUGCUGUGAACCAGACAGUGGUUUCGCUGGAUGUGAUAUUCACCAGCACCCUCUAUGAAUUUGGAAGACUAAGCUCUGAUGAGACUCUGGGCUAUAGAACUAGCAAAGGAAUCCCGCUAUCUAGGUCCCAGUGGGUAGAGUUUGAUUGCCCACCUGUUGGUCAAGAAACAUACAUCACCGUGUUACUGAAAUCGUUAGAAACACGUUCCAUCAUUGCCUCCAUGGGACCCAUAGAUCUCCUCCACAAAUUUGGGUACAGACUGGUUGUGGCUCCAGAAACAACAUGCAAAACUUUGGUUGAGGUCUUUGUAGUGUCUCCCCCGUGCACUUCUAUCAGUGGAAAAAUUGUCGUCUAUAAAGAGGCUCUGAAGCAUCCUAAUCAAAGAGCAACUUGGCUGUAUGAAAACACCCUUCACCCGGGAGAAAACAGGACAGAAUUUAACUGCACUUUGUUUGAUGUGGGGAAGAACAAAUACUGCUUUGACCUCUUUAAUUUCUCUGACCGAAGCCAUUUCCCAACAAGAGCCAAGGAGUGUUUGAUGAUCCAAAGGAAUAUGGAAACAUGGAGCCCGUGGCAGCCCUGGAGCCCCUGCAGCGUCACCUGCGGGGACGGCGUCCGGGAGCGCUUCAGAGAGUGCCUCACCUCCUGGCCGGCAGCGCCAGGCUGCGCUGGGCCACCAAGGGAGACGUCCAUCUGCUCGCUGGAGGACUGCGCCUCUAUCAAGCCUCCCACCCCACCUUCUGCCCAGCCAGGAGAGGACCAGAAAGCCAAUAAUAUAGUCACCAUCACAGGUAUCUCCCUAUGCUUGUUCAUCAUCUUUGCCACCAUUCUCAUCACCCUCUGGAGGAAGCUCUGCAGAGCUCAGAAGUGCAGCACCGCCGUCCGCCGGAACUCGGUCCAUUCCCCCAGCUUCCGGAAGAACUCCGACGAGGAGAACAUUUGCCAAGGCAGCAAGCAGCGGGACAGCUUUGCAGAAGGAGGGGAUGCCCCUGUUAACAUCCCUCUGACCUACAGGCGAAGCAUCCAGUUUGCCCAAGAAGAUGAUGCCUCUGGAAGUGAUAACUUUGGGCCAAACGCCCAAAAAAUAAUCCCUCCGAUUUUCAGCUACCGCCUGGCACAGCAGCAGCUGAAAGAAAUGAAGAAGAAAGGCCUGACUGAGACCACCAAGGUGUACCACGUCUCUCAGAAUCCCCUCACAGACACAGUUCUUGGUGCCACCACAAUGCUCCCCCUGAGUGGGGAAAGCCAAGAGGAGGCAGCAGCUAACAAAUUUAGGAUCAAAUCUCCCUUUGUGGAACAGCCAGCUGGUCAGCCCAAGUUCCUGGGGGAAAGCUCUCACCCUAGGCUGGAUUUCCCAUACUUGCAGGCCAAUCCUGCAAUGAGCCCUACACAAACCUUGAUAAGAAGAGCUCAUUUCAAGCACCAGGAUAACAGAGGGGACUUAACCGAGCGGGGUUGUCACAGAAACCCGCAGUUUAGAAGAACAGCCAGUUUCCACGAAAUGAAAAAGGCCAAGCCUUUCAGGGAGAGGAGCAUGUCCACACUCACCCCCCGACAGACUCCUCUCUACAAUGCCAGGACCAGAACGUGGGACCAGGGUUUGGAGGACAGGACGCGGCCAAAAUCGAGAAGCGCUAAUCCACCUUGUGAGAAGCCGGAUCAGCCCCACAGCACCGUGCCAAGGUGUGAGCCGCAGGGCCAUGGCCCGAAGGGCCACCACAGGGCAGGGCCCCCAGGGAAGAAGCUAGACCUGGUCACUGACCACCAGGCAGCUGGUCAGGAGAAGGCAGCUGAUAAGCCUGAGCCCAGCCGAAGCAAGAGGGGGCCCUCACCCAACCCCCGAAGCACGUGGCGGAAGGAAACGGGCUCAGCUGGCAAAGAUAGUUACCAGAGAGGCCUCAGUGUGAGCCCUGCUCAGUACCGAAGGGACAAGUGCCAGAGCUUCCCCUUGGACCCCGAGUUUGCCUUUUAUGAUAAUACUACUUUUGGCUUAACGGAGGCAGAGCAGCAGAUGAUCGACCUCCCAGGGUAUUUUGGCUCCAAUGAAGAGGAUGAAAGAAGUACCUUAAGCAUUGAGAAGCUGGUGAUCUGAGUGACUCACCGCAGCCCUGCAGGAGGGGCGUGCGCAGGGGAGGACCCAGGCUCUGUUGGCUUCUGGUGGGAGGAGCUGCAGGAAUCGCUUUACCUCCACAUGGACCAGGAGGGAAUAAUGCCCCAAGUCUGGCUUGUGGGAACACAUUCCUUUCUAAUUACUGGAAAGUGCUUCCAUACCAUUAUUUUUUUUUGUAUAUAUGUGUGUAAAAGACACAGAAAAUACCCUGGGGAAGCACAUGUUAGUAAAGGUGUGAUGCAAGAAUAGCCAAUAGAUUUUAUUGCGUAAUGCAGUCACGUUUCAAGCAUCAUACAUGGUGAAUGCCACUGAUCUAGCUUUUCCUACCUUGUGGGCUGUGUGCUAGUAGAUUAUGAUGUCCUAAAGCAUCUGUCAUCCGGUAUCCUCAACCAUUUGUUCUAAUUAGUGACUCAUUUCCCAUUUAGAAAACACAAGUUGUGAGCAGUUUUCAUCAUUUUUCUGGUAGUCAUUAUUGAACUGUGUUGAUUCGUCAUAGUUACUCAAAUAAGUCAUUGGAUGGUGUUUCUUUUAGGUGGUUGCAUGGAAGUGCAACUAAAGCUGAGUACCUGGAGUGAAUUUAAAAUGGAGGGGUUAUUUUUUGUUGAUUCUAGACUUUGGUAUUUUCUUUCUGCCAAUAUUUAUCCCAAGAAAACAGUAACGUACAAAUAUUUGCAGGAAAUGGGGAGUAAAGAACAUUGUACUGGAGGGCAAAGGAGAUGGAUGAUCAAGUUUUAGUCCUCACAGAAAUGUUGCUGCAGCAUUUAAGCACCUGUAAAAGGCAGUGAGAGAAGUGCUGAAUCACACAUCCUUUCCAUAGUCAUCUUUGCCUUUGUUAAGCUUUAGAAAACGUAAAAUAAAUUGACAAUCCUACUACUACAGCAAGUUUGAAAUUGUGAACAAAACCAGCAAGCAACAAAUCUACUUGAUGCAAACAAAAAGAAAAAAUGAAAUGGCUUGACACCAUAUGGUGGUUCCCAGAGGACCUUAUGGUGAAGUACAGAGGACCUUAUGGUGAAGUACAGAGGACUUUAUGGGGAAGUAGAGAAGUCACAUUGGGAUUUUUUUUUGUUGUGCUUUAAAGCCAUAGAUCAAAAAUUGGUCACUGCACACUGCUGCAAGGAUUCAGAGCUGGGUUGAAACUCCAGUUAAUAACAAAGAUGGAGCUGGGGCCAGGGAAAAUGAGUCAGAGGCUUUGCCUGGCAUUUGCUGCAGGGAGCGUGCAGAGGCCUGGCAAAUGCUGUUGGGCAACCACCGGAGAAGAGGGGCUGCUGCCUGUGGAGGAUGGAAGGAGAGAAGAUGGGUUCAGGCAGGGGACUGUUAGUCUUAAAACAGCUCUCCCACGAGGAGCCCAACCCAACGUAACCUUUACCCUGCCGUGUGGGUGUGAAGGGAAAAUGAGCAUAUGCUUACUUUGCUGGCAUUAGGCUGCUGUCUUCCUCCAAUGUGGCUUGCAGAGUGGAAAGAUAGAUUUCCCAGUCUCACGCUUUUUCUUUUCCCCUCCAAGCCAACAAGGAUUUUAAAGGGAGAGCAGCAUCGCCAUGCCAUCAGCCAGCACCUGCUGCCACCCUGUCCAUGGCAGAGAGCAGCAGCUCACCAGCCACACCUUCCCAUAAACUGCCAGCCAGCUUCAGGUGCUCUUUAAAGCCUUUGAGAACAUGUCCACGCUUGAGGACAGAUCCAAAGCUAAUAAAGUACAAUGACUCUUUAAAUGGCCUCAAAUGAGCUGGAAAUGAGACCUCUGAAGCAAUUGCUGCUCAGGUUACUUCCCACCCCUGUGCCAGGGUAAACUCUGUGGCAUGAAGCACGUUUGCCCUCAAGCAGUGAGCUGUCAGCAUAAGAGCUACAGUGCUGCAAUAUCUGUUUCCAGCCCUGGUGACCCUGGAGAAAUAAGAUAUCAAGUGUACAGCACAGCAGCAUUCAGCAUCUCGCUUGCCUUUAGCAUGAGUGAUUCAAGCUUGGUGGUAGUCCUCAGAUCAAACAAGCACUUUGCUAGUGGCAUUUUACCCUCUUUAUAAAGAAGGUUCUGCAGCAUUUCCUGGGGUUUGCUGAGGGAGCUGCAGGGUCCUGCAGAUUGCCCUGUGACCCUCUCUUCUCCGAGGGGUUUCCCUAUGCCACAGGAGGAAGAGACUUUGCCCUAAGACAGAUUCCUGCAGCCUUGUCUCAGUCUUGGGCUUCAUUCAGAACAGCUACUGCAAUGCAUCAUGUGGACUUACAUACAUCUCACACCUAGGACAGCAAGUCAGACCCCUUUCCUCCCAGCUCGUCAGAUCUUGCCUCUUUUUCUUUCUCAGAGCAAGUAAAUAACCCCAUAUUAACUUAGGGAUGCAGGCUGAAGCCAGUCCAGCUGUAAUGCCUGCCUCUCCAUAUUGACACAGAGUGAAACAAGCUCCAUACUCUGGACCUUACCUUACUCACUGCUCUUACUGGGAUCUGACUAAGCUCUGUUGGCUUCAUUUCCUGCAUGAUAAUCCAUUAUCAGAUGUGUGAUCAGGCGCUGAACAAAUUGUCAAAUCACUAAUGCUGUCCUUUUGCUGCUUCCAUUGAUUUUCAGCAUGCAGAGUUGAGCAUUGCCAGCCUGUAAUCCUUACCCUGCUUCCCACUGAAGAGUAGGUUUGAGCAUUGUCUGCCAGAAGACGUUAAUUUCUCUGAGUCUUCUGCCUAGACAAAAAUUGUCCUUACUGCCCUCAGCGCUGCAUCAAUGACCCCACAGUGAUUCCUUGUGUUCCCAACGUGCAGUUAGAACCUUGCAGUAAGAUUAUACCACAAUAAAAUACAGGAGGAGUGCUCAGAAAGCCAAUAGUAAGUGCUGGCUGUCUGCAGCCCCAAGAGCAACCUCAUUGCAGAGAUAUGGGUGCAGGUUUUCCAGGUGAGUACAUGCCCACUGCUCGGUGCAGGCUUGCCAGGGCACAGGCUUUGGGAACACAGCUCCCUGGAGUGCUGGCCUACUGUGCUGCAUUGGUCACCCUUCUAGUCACUGGGAUGUCUAGUAAGAGGUGAGAACAGGGUUUACCUCUUGACAAAGCAUAGGACUCAGAUUCUACAUUGAACCUUUCACAUGUCUCUGCAUGAUCUCCAGGACAGCUCAAGCCACGGAAAUUAAACUUACCUUGCAGACCCUCUCAACUACCCAGGACAGCAGGUGCAAAAGCACCAGAGCCAACACCAAAACAAUGCCUUUCUCAUGUCAUGAACGUUCUUGAGAUUUUAAUCCAAAUUUUCUUCAAGUUCCUACUGUUGAAAACCAGAUACAAGGAGUUAGGUCCUACUCAGAUGAUUUUAUUUCGCCCUUUAUGGAUAUAUCAUGCAAAUUACAAUAUGUAUGGAUCUAAAAGCAAAGAAAUGGAAAAAACCCUGCCAUUUAAAAAAAUUACUGUAAUUCAGGAAAAAAAUGGGCUCAUUCUACAACUCGGUAGUGAAAUGAUUUGCAUCAAGCUGAUAUUACUGUACAUUUUUAACUGUUGUUAUUAACAACUUGUGGGAAAUAAAUUUUUGGUAUUCCACUUUGUUCAGUCACUUGUGUUGCUCUUUUCUUUCGCUCC